GUUGGUAGUCUGGUUUAUCUUACUACGACACGCCCUGAUAUAGCAUAUGCAGUUCAUAUUGUUAGUCAGUUUAUGGCUGCUCCUCGCUCCACUCAUUAUGCAGCAGUACUUCGCAUUAUUCGCUAUGUUAAGGGAACAUUAUUUCAUGGACUCCAUUUUUCUGCCAACUCCUCCCCUAUGAUUCGCGCUUACUCUGAUGCUGAUUGGGCCGGUGAUCCUUCUGAUCGAGAUCUACCACCGGUUACUGUCUUUUCCUUGGUAAUUCUCUCAUCUCUUGGCGGAGUAAGAAACAAGCUAUUCCAUCUCGCUCUAGUACAGAAGCUGAGUAUAGAGCUCUCGGGGAUACCACAUCGGAACUUCUUUCAUUGCGAUGGCUUCUUGAAGAUAUGGGCAUUCCUCAACCUUCUUCUACUGAUUUAUAUUGUGAUAAUCAAAGUGCUAUGCAGAUUGCUCAUAAUGAUGUCUUUCAUGAACGCACUAAACACAUUGAUGUUGAUUGUCACUUUAUUCGCCAUCAUGUUGCACAAGGAACUGUUCAUUUGGUUUUCAUUGGCUCUGCUGAUCAACCAACAGAUCUCUUUACCAAGGAUCAUUUUCCUGGAUGCUUUCGUACUCUUCUUUCCAAAUUCAAGUUGGUUUCAUCACAACCACCUUGAGUUUGAGGGGGGAUGUUAAGAUGUGAACAUAAUUAUAUUUAGAAUUAUUGUAAAUAUUUUAUACUUUAGAAUAUUCUCUUUAUAUACUUUAGAAUAUUCUCUUUAUAUACUUUAGAAUAUUCUCUUUGUAAACACCUAUAUAUAGGUCAUUGUACAUACAAUAUAAUUUAAGAAAGCAAUAAACCUUUC